AGCUAUGAGCGAGACUGAAGCCAAGAAGGAGGAAGUGGCGGCGGCGCCCGCAGCCGAGGCUGCGGCCCCGGAGGCUGAGAAGAAGGAGGAGGCUGUAGAGGAGGUCACGCAGUCGCUGGAGGAGAUCCUGGCGCUGGGCCAGGGCCUGGAUGACGAGGACUACAAGGCCGAGCUCGAGGUGCUGCAGAACGACCCCAACUCGAACCUCUACUCGGCCGUCACCUUCGAGGAGCUCAACCUGCCGGAGGACCUGCUCAAGGGCGUGUACAACAUGAAGUUCGCCAAGCCGUCCAAGAUCCAGUCGGUGGCGCUGCCGCUCAUCCUCGCCGACCCGCCUGAGAACCUGAUCGGCCAGGCGCAGAGUGGCAGUGGCAAGACCGCCACCUUCGCCCUGGGCAUGCUGUACCGCGUGGAUGUGAACCUGAAGGCCCCGCAGGCCGUGUGUGUGGGUCCCACCCGUGAGCUGGUGCGCCAGAUUAUGGCUGUGGUGAACGCCAUGGGCAAGUUCAUCGGCGUGGACACGUUCCUGGCCAUCCCCGGCAACGACCUGGCCCGUGGCGAGACGCUCAAGGCGCAGGUGAUCGUGGGCACCCCCGGCAAGGUCGAGGGUAUGAUCAAGAAGAAGCAGCUGGACACCCGCAACGUCAAGAUCUUCGUGCUGGACGAGGCCGACGUCAUGGUCGCCGAGGACGGCAUGCGCGAGCGCUCCGUGGCGAUCAAGCGUCUGAUCAAGAACCGCGCGUGCCAGUACCUGCUCUUCUCGGCCACGUACGCUGACGACGUGCGCGACUUCGCCCAGAAGAUGGUGCCCGACCACAACAUUAUCACGGUGAAGAAGGAGAAGCUGACGCUGGACGGCAUCAAGCAGUUCUGGAUCGACUGCAAGACUCGCGAGAACAAGUUCCAGGUGCUGUCGGACAUUUUCGCCAUCCUGUCUAUCGGCAAGUGCGUCAUUUUCGUGCAGCAGCGUGACACCGCCAAGGAGCUGACGCGUGCCAUGCGUGAGAAGGGCCACUCGGUUGGCAUCCUGCACGGUGCCGACAUGGCCAAGGAGGUGCGUGACCAGGUCAUCGACGAGUUCCGCGCCGGCACGACCAACGUGCUGAUCACGACAAACGUGCUGGCUCGCGGUAUCGAUGUCGCGGGUGUGUCUCUUGUGGUGAACUUUGACAUCCCCCUUACGCGCGACCACCGCCCCGACCCGGAGACGUACCUGCACCGUAUCGGUCGCACGGGUCGUUUCGGCCGCAAGGGCUGCGCCAUCAACUUCGUCUACGACAACAAGAGCAAGCAGGACCUGGCCGAGAUCGAGGAGUACUACGCUCGUCCUAUCACUCAGGCCCCCGCUGACGACAUCGAGGAGCUCGAGAAGCUACUGGCUUGGGAGUAAGCGGUGCUUAUACGUACCGUGCCAGUCUUUAAGCAGAACCAAAGUAGAAUGCCAGCGAUCGAGCCUUGGACGGAUCU